AUGGCCACAGCGUCGCCAUAUCCAUCCGACAUCAUCAUGUCCAAGCCGUAUCUCAGCGAAAACGCCAUCCAGCAGAUCCAGGCUCAUUCCGUCUACACCACCUAUUCUCGGUACAUGGCCCAGGCCAACAUCGCAUUCAAAGUGCUUGAGGCGACAUGCAAGAGCCUGCUGCUGCCCGUGCGCUCGUUCGGAACGGCCAUGGUACUCUUUUCGCGCUACUGUCUGCUCAACAACUCGUUGGACGGCACUUUCGAGGAGGUCCUCAUUGCCUGUCUUGUUUGCGCCUGCAAAAUCGAAGAUACCGCCAAACGGGUGCGAGAUGUGCAUGGCGCCGUAUACUUGUACUCAAAGGUGGCCAUGGUGGCCUUUGAUGCGUGCAAACCCAAGAUCAUGACGCUAGAGCUUCAGAUUCUGGAGACGGUCACCUUUGACUUCCGAAUCAGACACCCCCAACCAUACAUCAUCAAGAUCGCCAAGGCGCUGGGAGCCUCCAAGGAGAUAGCGCGCCUCGCAUGGACCAUUUCCAUGGACACAUACAGAACACACAUGCAUAUGAAGCGUCCUCCACACACUAUCGCACUGUCGUGUUUGAUACUGGCUGGCAAGCUGAAGAACGAGACAAACAUCUUCCCCAUCAAGUCGGAACCAUAUAACUCGGAUCGUUUGUCGGUGAAUCAUGCGCUUUUGGACCUCUUGGAUCUCUACAUGAUCUACCUGGACAGCACCAAGCUGGGCGAACACAAGUACGAAAAGAGCGUGUUUUCACAACUACGAAUUGCCGUGUCAAAGGAGGUGGAAAACUCACAUGUGGAGGAACAUACGCUGAGUCACGAACAAGAACAAGCCAUUUCAAAGCAACUUAUUCGGGACAAAACUCGUUCUGAUAAGGGAACCGUUCGGUAUAUUCUUGAUUGGGAAAUUCAUCAGCUAGGAAAGUAUGAGGAGGUUAAUUAG